AUGAUCAGUUCUAGUAAGAUUGAUCUGGCGAAGCUUGAAGCUGAUCUUGCCACAGCUAGAGCAUUGAUAAGAGAAGCAACGAAGAAAGUGAACCAGACAAAGAAAUCUUUUCUUGAAGAUGCAGAUUAUGUUCCACAAGGAGAAGUUUACAAGAAUGCUUAUGCCUUCCAUUGGAGUUAUCUUCUAAUGGAGAGAGUGUUUAGGAUAUUUGUGUAUGAAGAAGGAGAGCCACCAAUAUUUCACAAUGGUCCUUGCAAGAGCAUAUAUUCCACGGAAGGAAUGUUCCUUAGCUUUAUGGAAACUGAUAUUCAUUUCAGGACUUGGGAUCCCGAUGAAGCCCAUGUUUAUUUCCUUCCCUUUAGUGUGGUGAUGAUGGUGAAAUACCUAUUUGAUCCCAUUAUCCGUGACAAAGCUGUCCUUCAACGCACUGUCGUUGACUAUGUCCAAACUAUUUCUCACAAGUACCCUCAUUGGAAUAGAAGCCUUGGUGCUGACCAUUUCAUGCUAUCUUGCCAUGACUGGGGUCCAAGAGCAACAUGGUACGUCCCACAACUCUACUACAACUCAAUAAGAGUCCUAUGCAACGCCAACACGUCCGAGCACUUCAACCCCAAGAAAGACGCCUCCUUCCCCGAAAUCAACCUCAAGACGGGCCAAAUCUCCUCCCUCACCGGCGGCUCCCCCCUCUCUGACCGCAAAACCCUCGCCUUCUUCGCCGGCCAACGCCACGGCCGAAUCCGCCAGGUUCUAUUCCACCACUGGAAAGAAAAAGACAGAGAUGUCAAAGUCUACGAAACUCUCCCCAAAGAAAUCUCCUAUGAAAAGAUGCUGAGGACGAGCAGGUUCUGCCUUUGCCCCAGCGGCCACGAGGUCGCAAGCCCCAGAGUUGUGGAGGCGAUCUACGCCGAAUGCGUCCCCGUGCUGAUCUCGCAGCAAUAUGUCCCCCCUUUCAGCGACGUUCUGAACUGGGAAUCGUUCGCGGUCUCGGUUUCGGUGGAGGAGAUUCCAAAGUUGAAGGAGAUCUUGUUGGGAAUUUCCCUAGUUCAGUAUGAAAAUUUGAGGAGGAAUGUGAAACUGGUGCAAAGACAUUUCGUUUUGAACGAUCCUCCGAAAGGAUACGACGUUUUUCACAUGAUUCUUCAUUCGAUUUGGCUAAGGAGAUUAAAUGUCAGAAUUAGUGCCUAA